AUGACGAAGCCGGGUCGCGGCCAGACACAACACAAGCGGUAUCUGUGCUUGUUCACCUGCUUGCAGACGAGAGCAGUGCAUCUCGAGCUGUCAUACGCGUUGACAACGGACUCGUUUCUGCAGGCGUACGUACGCUUCGCCAAUCAACGGGGAGUGCUGAUCGACGUCAUCUCCGACAAUGGCACGAAUUUCGUCGGCUUCACCAAUGAGCUUGCUCAGCUAGUCAAACAGCUUGAUGCAGAGGUGAUUCAGCGGCAGACAGCGGACCAGCAGACUAGCUGGCGUUUCAACCCUCCAGCAGUACCACAUUUCGGCGGAGUGCAUGAGGCGUUAGUAAAAUCGGCAAAGCGUGCUAUCUCGCCGAUUCUGAAGAACACGGAGGUCACAGACGAGGAGCUUUUGUCUGCUAUUGUCGGCGCAGAGGCGCUCAUGAACUCACGGCCCCUGUCCUACAUGUCGGCAGCUGGUCGUGACCCGACUCCACUAACGCCCAACCAUUACCUGUACAGCCGGGUCGGUACUCGGUUUGCACCUGCAGGAGUGGACGAGAGCGAGUUCAACCCUCGGCAACGCUGGCGUGCAGUGCAAGAACUCGUGCUGCACUUUUGGCGGAGAUGGAUGCAGGAAGACGUGCCAGAGCUGAACCGGCCAGUCAAGUGGAGGACGGCCGAGACAGACCUCAAGAUCGACGACAUCGUUCUAUUGACAUCCCAAGACAACCCGCGGGGCACUUGGCCAAUGGGUCGUGUCACCGAAGUGCACCCUGGUCCAGACGGACACGUGCGAUUUGUGAAGGUCAAGGUGGGCGACAAGACCUACACCCGCCCAAUCGUGCGUCUUUGCAAGCUGUUCUGUGAGUAG